UGACGUCACCCAUUGACGCUGAGCGAUUUGAUUGGUCUUACGUUCCUGGCGUCAUGAUUUAACUUCCGUGUCACGGAGCUAACAUGGCGGACAAAGAGAAGAAGAAGAAGGAAAGCAUCUUCGACUUGUCUAAAUACAUCGACAAGACAAUUCGUGUGAAGUUCCAAGGAGGAAGAGAGGCCAGCGGCGUUCUGAAAGGGUUUGAUCCACUGCUAAACCUGGUGUUGGACGGCACGAUCGAGUAUAUGCGAGAUCCAGAUGACCAGCUGAAGCUGACAGAAGACACCCGGCAGCUGGGGCUGGUGGUCUGCAGAGGAACCUCCGUAGUGCUGAUCUGUCCUCAGGAUGGCAUGGAGGCCAUACCAAACCCCUUCAUACAGCAGCAGGAUGGCUAACUCUCUCGUUAGCUGCUUAGUGGCACAUAUUUGAUCUUUUUUGUUUGUUCAUGUUUUCAUUCUUUCUUUUUUUUUUUUAACCCGUUACGGGACAGUUCUAGUUCAUAAAACAAACCUGUUGACUUAAGUUAAAAAUCCACCACAAAAUGAAUCAAAUGCACUUCACCUCUACUUUUUAUGUAGUGUGCAAAUGUUGCAAAGUUUUGUUUGUAAAGACCCCAAAAGUCUGGGAAGUGUUAACGUGACAAUUUUAUUUUAUCUGUAGUAUCUUUUAUAAUUCUUUGUUUUUGAUAAGAAAAUAAAGUGGAAAAUCUAAUUUU